AUAAACAAUUUGUUGGUCCAGAGAGAAGUUUUCAUUUUCGCCCAUUUGUUACUGCGAUCAUCAUUUGAAAUGCCUAUAAAAUCACAACGGUUCCUAGGAUAAACCAAGAUCAGUUGCUGGUUCCAAGGGCUACUUUAAGUUCCUCUUUGAAUUUUCUUUCAAUAUCCUCAACUUUCUUUCCCAACUUGUUGAAUCAUAUUUCGUCGUCCUAGAAACGGAAACAAUACAAACAGUAAUUCACAUCGGGUAAACAAACUAAGAUUACAGCAGAAAUUCUUCAGAGUUUUUAGAAUUUAAUUGCGAAUUGAGGAAAAUGGUUAUUGUCUGUGAUAGUGCUGAGUGAAGUUAAACAAAACAUAAUGAUAUAUUUGAUGAACUUUGUCAUCGGUAUUGCAACUGGGGUUAAAAAUUCAAAUCGUAGAAGAAGUAACUAUAGGAAACCAAUUGAAAGGUCGUUGUAGGAUCAAACAUUAUUAUGAUAUACUGGAUGUAAAUAAUAUUUGAAGGAAGUAACAUAAGCAUGGACUUUGGAGAUUACGAUGUACUAGGGGAUAUCUUAUCGGAUGGCAGUGAUGACAGUUUUUUUGAUGAACCUAAACGUACGACAAAAUCUUCCGCUCCAGCUAGACAAAGACAAACCGAAAUAAAAAAAGAAUCUAACCAAGAUGAUUUGACUGGCCUUCCAACAUCAACCAAGACCAGUAUGCAUCAGGAUUCCAAAGGAAAAAUUGACUGGCUUGGUCUCGACAAAAAGGAUAAUAUAGAAACGGAAAGAAGAGAUUCAUUAACAAGAACAAAGAAAACUACAAAGAAGAUAAGCUUCGAAGAUGAUGAUAUUUUGGGUACCUUAGGAUUCAACGAAAAAUCGGAUAAAACUAAAAGAACGGAUAGCUCUUUAGCACAAGAAACGAAAGAUAAGAAAACUGACUUACUUGAAAGUAUCUUGAAAAGUAAUACUAGAGAAAAAUCCAAUGAAAAUGCGCCAAAAGUAGGUAUCACGGCUGCCAAAAGUAUCGGUGAAGGUUAUGCAGCUUCUGCAACUGCCAAUAAUACUGAAUUAUUAAGUUUUCCGAGAGAAGGAAGGAGAAAACGAGUCACUUCAGGUUUGGUAGAUCCGUUGGGUUUAUUUUCUGAACAAACAAACGAGGAACCACAUAGUCAUGUGAGUGCAACCGAUGGUAAACAGGCUAGAACUCGUUCGUUUUCUUCAGGAGACACCAAAGACAUUGAUACAGUGUCCUCAACAAAAAGUCAAUUCGGAGACACCAGAAGUGUCCCGAAUCUCCUUGAACCCCAAGGAACACCUGAUUGGCUGGGACUCUCAUCAAAACCAAAAACAUCUGAAAAUGACUGGACAGCGUCUUCGUACACCAAAUCGAAAUCCGAUAUAACAAUGAGCGACAGGACUGAAACAGUUGGUAAUAUUGGCAAGACCGCAGAAAAAACAGUUGAAUCGGAUCAGACCAACUUUGAGACAUCAGGCUUCCAAACUCCAUUAUCAAACGCCUUGUUAACGCACGAGAAGUUCGCCAAGUCGCAGAUCGAAUUCCAGAGUGCAGCAGUGUCCCUCCAGCAACAAGAAUCCCAAAUUCUGAUAGCCCUUCAAAUGAAGAAAUACGAGGACAGUCUUAUGGAGAUACAGCGUCAACAACAAGAGAUCCUGAUGAAACAAGAUAAUCAGUUCAGCGCCCUGCUGGAGAGACAAUUCGCCAAACAACAAGCUAUGGAGAAUGGACUGAAAAUGCAGCAAGAAAGGAUUAAUAACCACAUUCAACUUCUUCUUACCCAACCGAGGACGGACGGAAGUGUUUCCCAAUUGAAGGAAGGCACUGAUAAGACUAGAGAAAUUGCGGAAGAAGAGUACUUGAAGGCUAAUGAAAAUCUGAUCAACAAUUUGAAACAGCGACAUCAUGAGGAACUAUUCAUUUUGGAGGAAUCUUAUAAAAAACAAAUAUCCGUCCUGGAGGAUUCUUCGCAACAAGUAGAAUCCAGACUGAAGUCAGAAUUAGAAGCAGUCAUCUCAAGAAAUGAAGUGAACCUAAAUACAUUAAAGGAAAACUACGAAAAAGAAAUGCAAGCUAUGAAAAAGAAGUUUGAGGACGUAGAGAAGCAACAUGUUGAAGAAUUCAAACUCAUUCGAGACAACCAUUUACGAGUGAUGGACGAGAUGAAAUACGAACAGAAUAUUUUAAUCGAGAAUUUGAAGGAAUCGAAGAGACUGGAAUCUUCAGUGAUUAAGGAAUCCGGAGAUUUUGGAAGGAUGCUGGACGCUAAUAUUCAUUUGUUACAGAACAACAGUCAGAUAUUGCAAAAUGUUAGUGGUCAAGUUGAGACGCAGUAUAGCGUUAUUAACAGUGCGAGAGAAGAAGCGUUCAAGGCCAAGGAGAAAGAGAUCGAGAUGAUGAGAACCACCUUGGAAAAGUGCAGGGAAUCCGCAGAAACAGAAAGAACACAUCUGUUAGGAUUGGUACGAAGUUUGGAAACGAAAAUUGCUGAACUCAAUCAGACAACUAGGGAGGAGCGUUGGGCUAUGCAACAAGCUGUGUCAACUUUAGCAUCGAGAUCGGCAGCAUUCGAUAGGGAAAUGGAAUUUUCCAGGGCUUCCAUUGAAAGGGAGAGAGAACAAGUGAAGACAUUGAAGGAGUCGCUACUGGCAGAACAAGAAAAGAUGAUGAUUCAACUGACAGAGGAGAAAUUGAGUAUUUCAGCUGAAAAAGCACGACUGACAACCACCAGUAAACUUAACGUUCAGUUCGAUACUCAGAAAGCGAAGGCUGAGCUCGAGGCCGCCAUUCAGGUGGCCAAAGAUGCUGCCGAAAUGACAGACAGAGAAAGGGACACUCUACAGAGGAGGAUAUUAGAGUUUGAAUCAUUGAAGAGAGUUAUUAAAGACAAAGAAAGGAAAUUGGUUUCUAAAGAAGAAGAACUGUCGGAGUUGAUAUAUGUUUCUGAACAAAAGUAUAAAAAUGGCGAAAGAGCUCUGAAGGAUGCUAAGAUGACCGAAGCCAAAUGUAACGAAAAGAUGAGGAUUUUACAAGAUCAACUGCUCCAGCUUUCCAGCAGAGAAAAAAAGGUGAGCGAAGAACAGAUAGCCUUGUCGAAGGAACGUUUGGAAUUGAACACGCUGAUAAGGAGGAAACAAAAUUGCAAACUGUGUUCAGCAGAAGGCUUGAGGAAUGAAGAACAGCGAAACGAUUGGACAAAUUACAACAAUAGUGACAUCAACAUUCCUCCUCGAUAUGAGGUGACCGAAGCUGAAAUUUUUAGACUUCAAUUUGAAGAUAAAGAAGAGGAACCAAGAAGCACAAACAAAUAUGCUUGAGAAUGUUACUUCCCAAUGGAAGCGAAUUGAACUGUCAUAAUAUUUUAUAUGAGGUACGUCUCUCGAGUAGCUACCUUUUGUCAGUGCCAAUUGUAUUUUUAUUCGUAUUCAAAAAAACAACCUCUAAAACAGGUUGAUUUUGAGGUUUUUCGAUAUUUCACAAUCGUAUUUCAGGAAAACACUUAAGAAUCAAUAAGAAUAAUAUUUUAUAAUCGAAAAGAAUCUGAGGUACCCAUAUGAAAUAAUGAAAAU